GAGCGAGCGCAGGGCAGAGCGCGGCGGCGGCGCGGGCAGAGCUUCGGCUCCAAACUCCGCCACUGCAGCCACGGAUCUGACUCCGGCCACCGUGGGCGCCGCGCUCAACCGACCAGCUGGCAGCAGCUGCGCGCCCCAGCCAGGUCCAGCGCAGCCCAGAGCAGACCGUGCAUCGCAGGGCAGCCCGGUGCAGCCGGUGCAGUCAGCACAUCUGGUGCAGCCCGGAGCAUCCUAGUGCAGCCCAGAGCAACCCGGUGGUGCAGCCCGUAACAACCCUGAGCAACCCGAUACAGCCUAGAGCAGACCGGGGCAGCCUGGCGGCCCGGCCGCGGUAACAUGGGGCCGUCUCCGUGGCGCCCCGCGCUGCUCGUCUCCGCCACGGCCGGCGGCCCGGGUCACAAGCGCGUCUGAGCCCAUGGCGAGGGGACCCACAGCCGCCACCACGAUCGCCGCCACUGCCUCCCCGGCCAGCGCCGCCAGCUCUUGGGCACCAUGCGAGCUGCUCCAAGCCUCCGCCGCGUAGCUUGCCUGCUGCUAGCCGCGAUCCUGGACCUGGCACGCGGCUACUUGACAGUCAACAUUGAGCCCCUUCCUCCUGUGGUGGCUGGGGAUGCAGUGACCCUGAAGUGUAACUUCAAGACAGACGGCCGCAUGCGCGAGAUUGUGUGGUACCGGGUGACAGAUGGUGGCACCAUCAAGCAGAAGAUUUUCACCUUUGACGCCAUGUUCUCCACCAACUACUCACACAUGGAGAAUUACCGGAAGAGGGAGGAUCUUGUGUACCAGUCCACUGUGAGGCUACCUGAGGUCCGGAUCUCAGAUAAUGGUCCCUAUGAGUGCCAUGUGGGUAUCUACGACAGAGCCACCAGGGAGAAAGUGGUCCUCGCCUCAGGCAACAUCUUCCUCAAUGUCAUGGCUCCUCCCACCUCUAUCGAAGUCGUGGCUGCUGACUCACCUGCCCCCUUCAGCCGGUAUCAGGCCCAGAACUUCACGCUGGUCUGCAUCGUGUCCGGAGGGAAGCCAGCACCCAUGGUUUAUUUCAAACGGGAUGGGGAGCUGAUCGAUGCAGUGCCCCUGUCAGAACUGCCAGCCGCAGCCAGCUCUGGCCCCCUCCAGGACAGCAGGCCCUUCCGCAGCCUUCUGCAUCGGGACGUGGACGACACUAAAAUGCAAAAGUCCCUGUCCCUCCUGGAUACCGAAUACCGGGCUGGACGUCCCUACACGGAGCGCCCCUCACGAAGCCUCACCCAAGACCCCAGCCUCUUCGUGCAGCCCACCACGGAAAACAUCCCAGAGACAGUGGUGAGCCGCGAGUUCCCCCGUUGGGUACACAGCGCCGAGCCGGUCUACUUCCUGCGCCACAGCCGCACCCCAGGCAGCGAUGGCACGGUGGAGGUGCGGGCCCUGCUCACCUGGACCCUCAACCCGCAGAUCGACAACGAGGCCCUCUUCAGCUGUGAGGUCAAGCACCCAGCGCUGUCCAUGCCCAUGCAGGCGGAGGUCACGCUGGUUGCUCCCAAAGGGCCCAAAAUUGUGAUGACACCCAGCAGAGCCCGGGUUGGGGACACGGUGAGGAUCCUAGUCCACGGAUUUCAGAAUGAGGUCUUCCCAGAGCCCAUGUUCACGUGGACGAGAGUGGGCAGCCGCCUCCUGGAUGGCAGCGCUGAGUUUGACGGGAAGGAGCUGGUGCUGGAGCGGGUGCCUGCAGAGCUCAACGGCUCCAUGUAUCGCUGCACUGCCCAGAACCCGCUGGGCUCCACCGAUACACACACUCGGCUCAUCGUGUUUGAAAACCCAAAUAUCCCAAGAGGAACAGAGGACGCCCAUGGUUCGGCUUCUGGCCUCGCUGGUGUCUGGCUCACCCUGGUGCUUGCCCUGACAGUGGUCCUGGAGCUCACGUGAAGACGCCACCUCUUCCCGAUGCUCCAGCGGCCCGGCAUCUCUGCGAUCGAUUUUCAUUUCUUUUCUAAACUAUUUCCAGUCUCGUUCUUAGUCUUUGCCCAAUGUCUUGGCUUCUUCACUGGGUUUAAUUAAAACAAACAGACCAAUUUUCCCCAA